CCACAUUAUAAAAUGUCCUGCCGAUAGUUGUUGUUAUUAUUAAGUAUACAUUUUAUUAUUGAAAAAUAUAAUUUUGUGCACACUGCAAACAUAAUAUAAAGUUUGAGUUUAGUUACGCUAUCAAAACAGAAUAAUUUCGCAUUCGGCACGAAAUAUCUGAGAUAACAGUCUUGGUAUUCGCACGCGUUUUCGUAUAUUUAUAUCUAGGUACAAACAAGUCAAUCGUCCCAAUGAAAUGAUAUUAUAUAACAAUCACUGAGGCAAUAUAAUAACAAUUUUCUGUAGACACAGGCUAUUAUUUAAACGAAUAUAUUUUUGCUUCUUAACCAUUACAUUAUUUGACAAUACGUGACAAACAUUCCUGUCUUUUUAAUGCCCGCGCAAGGACUGCACACUGCGCAGAAUAGACAUUGAUACCAUUAACAAUUUGUUUCUGACUGGUUGACGACAAAACAAACGACGUCACGAAAGCAACUUGCGAAUAUUCGAGAACGUGUCAAUUGUUUACUACGAGUCACAGUGUGCACAAAAUAUAUAGCAAAUGGCGACGUGGCGGACCGAGGACUAGCACAUUACACAAUAGCGGGUUGGGCGAACGACUCACACAGACAGUCUGCCUGAGCGACGGCCGUCCGUCGAAUGAUAAAAUUUCAACGUUGGUGGAGCCCUAGUCGCUCAUCGCACCGUUCGGAGGGGCGUGGGUCGCCGUCCUUGCGCCGCUGCUACUAGCCCGCCAGCAGUCGCCAUCCGCGCCCGAGAGACGAACAAAGAAAAACUGGAAUCUAAAACUAGUCAAGUGUUAAUGCAUAUUACUUACUGCAUUUACACAAAAUGAGUAUUACCCGAAGGAGUGUACGUUAAAGAAGUUUAAGAUCGUUGAUUUUUAUAUUGUUUUUUUUACAAGCCGUAAACAUGGAUUUGGAAUACGAUCAGAAGUUCGAGGAGAUGAAGAAGUACAUUCCGUUUCUGGAGAGUAUGAUCAAGAGACUGGAAUCUACCGGCACUGGGUCUGCAAAUCCUCGGCAGGCCCAGCUCGAUAAAAUCAGAUCCUUAAGAGACCUACUUUUAAACAAGAAGAAAAGAAUGAAAAUGGAGAACUUGCUCAAGUGUGAACAGGUUUUGGUUAACUUAUACGCAAAAGUGGAACAGAGGGACACAUUACCAACAGUUAAAAAAGCUCCAGAUCCAGGGUUUGCUAUAGAUCCACCUACACCCCAAGAAAAAUCUGACUUAGAGGCUGUCAGAAAUAAACUCAAGACUGUUGCGAAGCGACAAGACGAGACUGAAGAAACGCUACCAGAGAUUUUGAGGGUGAAUGAAGUUGAGGAAAUGCGCACUGCUGGUUCUAAAGAACCAGCUCUUUUCCAAAGGAGACCAAAUAGACAAUCUUCAUCGCCGGCCCAUCGAUCUCCAACGAAAAUUAAACAGGAAAAGUUGUCGCCACCACCUUCAGCAUCGAAACGAAAUUACACAAGAGUGCUCGUCUCACCCGAUAAUUCGUCACGAUGUUGGUCUUCAUCUGAGGGCACGUCAGACAAACCUCUAUUUAGUAGACGAUCACCGCGUCGGUCACCAAGAAGAUCUUCACCGUCGUACCACAAAAGGGAAAGAAAAAAGUCCAAGGAAUCGACAACACGAAAAUCUACUAAAGGCCUAAACAUAACACUGAAUGUGCCAGAAAACAGUUUAAGCACAUUGAACACUAAAGAUAUAUUCUCAAGAAUCAUCAAUUGUAAAGAUGGUGACGUAGACAUUGAUACAUUAAGGGAGUUGCGAAAGCAGAUACUCACUGAACUUAAGAAAACCGGAGCCAGGGAUGACAUAUCUGACCUGAUAUUAAAGUCUUACAAAAAGAAGUCUGCUAAAUCUAAAAAAAGGGAAGAAGUUGAAGAAGGUGAGCUUUCAGAUAGUGAGAGUGAAGUUAUUGAGAACGUGUACGGUAGUUUGAGUGGCAACUUAGUGUUAAAAGAUGAUAGUGAGGUGAAAGAUACAACAGACAAAGAUAAGUCGCGUAAAAUUCAAAUAUGUCUUAUGUUGAAUCCUGACAAGACUAAAACUGAUUCGAAUGACAACAAUUCUCUGAAUUUACCCAAAACUGCUGACGUUUCCGAAUUAGAAAUGUAUGAUAAAGAGAUUGAAGAAGUAGAUAAAACUAAACAAACCAAGUUUGAAAACUCGUCAGAAAAUAAAAGCAUUGAAAAUGAUACUUCAAUAAUAUUGAUUGAUUCCGAAACCAACAGUUCUGCCAAUGAAGAAGUACAUAAAGAUAUCACUGAUAAACACGUACAAGAAGAAGCAGAACCUGAAAUAAAUAAAACAAAAGAUAAUGUAAAAAAUACCGCAAAUUUUUACAAACCAAUUGAAUCAGAAACAAAUAAAACAGAAGAAAGUAAACUUGAACCUAAAGUCGAAAAUCAAAAUGAAACUGUCGUUAAAACUAAUAGUACUAAUUCUGAAGUAACUGUUGAAGAUAUCCAACAUAAAAAGUCAGACUCUAUUGAAGCACAGUUAGAGAAAAUGGAGAAGCCUGUUGAAAUACCAUUACUUCAUGAUAAAACAAUGCCUGAAACACCAACUAACAGCACAGUUUCAGAAAUAGACAUAUUACAAGCUCUGAAAAAUGAAAUAUUGAGUGAGACUAUAACAAUGCCAGGUGUGGACGAAACUCCGCAUUUACAUCAACCAAAAAUAAACAAAGUUGCGAGUGCGAAAGAAAUCUUACCCAAAGUAAAAAGGAUAUCUAUUGAAAACUAUAAACAGAAAACUGAAGAAUUAAACAGAAAAGUUAAGGAUUCGAUCGUGUAUUACUAUCCUCAAACAGAUUCAAAAGAGGAUUUAAACAAAAAGUCUAGCCUUAAAUUAACAGAGAAGGAAUGUGAAAGAUUUAACAUACCAACUACAUCUUUUAACGAUGACAGUUCAGAUGAUGAAAUAACGCCAUCUGAUUUAUAUACUGACCUCUCCCCAAAUGACCUCGCUCCAAAGUCACCUGAUCGUGAUGAUACUAAUAACAUUAGGUCGACACCACCAGUGAUCAUACCUGUUGACCCCGUAAAACCAAUGCCAGUAAUUCCAAAAGCUGAUAUAGAUAUGAGAACUUUGCCGAUGUUAUCUCCAAAUACUGGUGGUCCUCUUAAAUUACCAUUCGGCAAUAUUGCAGGACUACCGAUGAAUGAGAUAAAACUUGGCGCACAAACUGAUCAAACUAAAGGGCCAAGUCGAGGUCCAAUAUUUGAUCCUCGCGUGAAAAGAGACAUCCAGCCUAGCCAAAGUCCUAGUCCACGAUCUGUUAAUUCUGACAGGAUGCAAAGAUCUGUGUUUACGAAUGUCUCGUGUCCAGCUGCGAUGUCCAAUCAUCAGUCAUUUGAUAUCGAACCCAAUAAAAAACAUGUAUACGUUACGUCGCUUGGUCCGGAUGAAACCAGAGAAACCUCAGCGGCUAGAGACACGCGAGAUAAGCCAGAACUAGUAAGGCAAAGAAAAUCACGUUUCGAAGAUAUUGGAGACACUAGUUGCAGUUCAAGUGAUAUGUCUCAGAGUGCGCGAUACGGCAGCAACUUUACUGGUGAUUACGGUAGUGUAAAAAUGAAUCCACAAACUCCUGUUUUAUCGUCAGAGAAGUCAUUAACUACUAAUAUGUUCAUGAAAGGGGAUGAACUUUCUGCGCCAAAUUUCAAGUUUGGAAGAACAGAAUGUCCGCCGACACCAAACCAUCCAUUUGGAAGAGCUGAAUGCCCCCCAACUCCGAGUCAGUCGUUUGGCAGACUUGAAUGUCCACCAACACCAAGUCAUUUAUUUGGAAGAUCCGACUGUCCUCCAACACCGAGUCUCUCGUGGGUCGAUUGUCCUUCUACCCCGAGCCAUUCAUUUGGAAGAGCGGAAUGCCCUCCUACGCCUAACCAUUCCUUUGGAAGGGCCGAAUGUCCUUCUACGCCCAGCCACCCAUUUGGUAGGGCUGAUUGUCAACCUAAGCCUCUCCUUUCUUUUGGGAGAGCUGAAUGCCCACCAACGCCUAACCACGUUUUUGGAAGAGCAGAAUGUCCACCUACCCCCAGCCAUUCGUUUGGAAGAUCCGAAUGUCCACCCACACCAAGUCAUUCCUUUGGGAGGUCCGAUCAAAACCAGAAUCUGAACCAUAAUUUUGCUAGUAACUCCUACACACCUGAAUACCCGCUCAAUUCAAAUAUUCCACCGAAACAAACUCCUUUCUUUGGAAGGAAUGAAUGCCCACCGACACCGAACCAUCCCUUUUCUAGAUUCGAUGGUCCGUCGACAAAAAACAAUUCAUACGGAUUGCUUGAAUGUCCAAAAACACCCAGUCAUCCUUUUGGUCGCUCAGAUGGAACGAUGCAUAAUUAUGGUAGACCAGAUUACAGUGCUCAAAAGUAUACUAAAGAUCCUAGGCUUAAUAGAAAAUCUGAGUACGAAAACAAUUCUUUGCAUAACGAGAGGGAUCGUGGAUAUAAAGACCGUGGCUAUUACCGCGGAAAUUCUUACCAUUCUCAAAAACCUUUUAGCGGAUCAGAAAAUUAUAAAAACCAGGACAGAGAACAAGAUCAAAUUUAUAAAUUCAGACGUCAAACGAGUAGAGAUAUUUCAACACGUGAACAAAGCGCUGGUCGCUCAUUCCACAAAGAUCAUGAAAGCGAUCGAUUUUACUCAAGAGAACGUGGUCAAUACGGGGGCUACGAGGACAGACAUAGCAGAUACAGUGAAAGAAAUUUAGGACGUAGUAUGUACUCUCGCGACGAACGCGAGAUGAGUGUUGGUCGGAAUUCACGCGGCGAUCGUGAAAAGAGUAUUGGUCGGUAUUCACGCGAAGAUAAAGUAUCAGUUUCGACCAGAGCUCAAAGCAUUGGAAGAAAUUCCUCUAUUGAGUCGGAUAAAUCUUUAUUGUCAGUAAAACCUUACGCCGGCCGUUCAUUCACUAUUGACACCAGUACUAAUGCAACAUUCCAAAAGUUCCUAGAGAGUGACAAUCAUGUAUCCAAUUAUAAUUUCGAUGUCAGAAGACAAAGAGCAGCAAGUGUGGGAAGACUGACUCGAGAAUCAAGUUGUCAACGUGUAAUCUCAGAUGACCUAAAAUUCAAUAAGAGUAAGAGAGACAAAAAGGAAGAUUAUCGCAGAGCCUCAAGCGUGGGCAGGGAUUUGGUUGAUUAUCAUGAAGAAAAAAGGAGCUUCCAAGAAAUUAAGGCUGAUUUUAAAACAUACGUGCAUCCUUCUAAGGAGUUUGAUACUGCUAAAAUAAGAAAUAUUGAUUCAAAAUACAAAACCAAUACUGAAAAUAGAACCUGCAGUAGAAAAGAUUAUUAUGAUAAACACAAAGAGGAAAAUCUGGACGAUAGCUCAUCGAAAUCUGCAUAUUCUCCUAGGAAGAACCCUAGAGACCCUAGAAUGCGCAAAGAGACAAAAAGAAGUAAGUACGAUAAAUAUAAUGAUGACAUUCGUACAAAGAAAAGCGGAAUAAUAUACUCUAAUGAUAAUAUUGUUAAAGGUGCUAUUUUAGCUUCUGGCUACGGAGUCAAAAACUAUAAGAUUCCUAAAAUUAAACGUGCAAUCGAGGAAAAAGUCGCUGAUGAACCUAUUGUUAACAAAUGUGAGACUGUUAAAGAGAGUGAGAAAGAAACGAGCAAAACUAUACAAUUUGGAGAACCCUUAAAACUAAAGGAUAAAGUUAAAGAUACAACAUUAACGUUAAAUAAUAAAGAUAAAUCGAAAGAAAAAGGAAAUGAUGGUUCUAAAGACAAAGGUAAAGAAAUACCUAAUCGAAUAACUAAAAAAGGCUCAGUAGCAUCUGACUCUGAUACGGAAUCAUUACAAAUUGAUGUGACUAGUAAACCCAGUGAACAAAUUGAAAAAAGAAUAACUAGGCGGAGUAAAAGACUGUCUGCAUCAAAUUCCGAAACUGAAAUAGUUACGAAACCUAGAAAACCCAAGAAAGCAGUAAUAAGUGAUUCGGAAUCUGACGCAGAAACCGAGAGCAAGAACAUUCCAGUUUCAAACACAAUCAAAACAAAAGAUAAGAAAGGUAAUGUUGACUUAGUUGAUAAGAUUGCCACUCCGUCACAAUUGAGUAGUCCUAUCAAAGAAAAUACCAAAACCAAACAAACAAAUCUGGUAGAUAUUCAUACUAACUUUGGAUUGGAGCUCGAAAUGUUUUCUGAAAAUGUUGCGUCGGACCCUGUUCUCGAUAAUAUCAAUGCUCUAAUUGCAGAUCUUGAUAACGAUCUUGAUUCGUCAUCUAAAAACGAACCAAGCGAUAAUUUUACGAAUGAAAUAACUCUAGAAAAUAUGAUGCAAAAUAUCACUACUCCACAUGAUACUUGUGACAAUGGAGAAGAAUUUACUCAAGUGCUUAAAGCAGUCGAUGAAUUGUCUAAAACCUCUGAUAAUGAAAUGCUUGAUAUUUCAAUACCUGCUCUCGUUAAAGGUAACGAGAAUAAUAGUAAAGAAACAGUCGAUACAGAAACUACACGACAAUUAGAAACUUCCAAAUGUUCCAAUAAAAAUAAGGAUGGCAAUCAACAAAGUCCAAAAACAGUAAAUCAUUCAAAUCUGUCUGACAAAAGUGAUAGAGUCGUAGAUAAAACAGAUGAAAACACUUCAGAUACUUUGCCUAGGACUACAAAUGAUAAUUUAGUUUCUACUACUGAACCCAGGGUGGAAACGGUAAUAGCUGAAGAUAAAUUUAAAUCAGAUGAGCAAAGUAUGGAUGGUUGCUCCACUCCGGACAGUACAAUUAAUACCGAUGAUGUUUUGGAGAAAAACAAUAGUGAUACCUGUGUAGCGGACAGUACUAAUGAAGAAGUGCAAAGUGAAACUAACGUAACUUCUACAGAAACUGUUGAACCUAAACCUACUUCCUCGGGCACAGACAAAGCGUCUGAUGCAGAUCUAGGAAAUCUGCUAACUGUGCUGCAAGAUAAAUCUAAGAUCGAAAAAUUGUUGUCUAUGUUAGGUGACCAGUCAGAUAACGAGAAAAUAAGAAAAAAGCUAGAAAAAUUAAAAGAAAUUGUAUCUGAUGAUGAAAAGGAUGAAAAUUCGGAACAACCAGAAGAAUGUAAGGACAAAGAUUCUUUUUCGAAUGAUGACGUUAAAGAUUCUGAUACCGGUCUGGUAAGCGAAGAUAAAGCUGAAGCCGUAAAAGAUGAUUCAAAAUUAGUUGAAGAUGAAAGUGUCAAAGAAGUAGUAGACCCAGACAAUGAAUCUACCUUUGAUGAUUUGGUAGAAGAAGAAGAAGAAGAAACUGCCAAACCUGAAGAAACUAGUCUACAAGUACCAAAAACGAAAUUGAAAAAGAAAAUGCCCAACAAAAAAUCUAAAGUUACCAAGAAAGGAAAAGGUCGAUACGCAAAGAAAGCUGCUUCAAUUGCAGAGAAGCGCGUCACUCGCGCUACAGCUGCAGUCAGGGUCGUACAAAAGCCUAAAAAACCUACACGCGAGUUACAAAAGCUUCAGGCUGAUAUUAAAGAGUUCAUAAGAGACGAUAUUUUAAGUACUUCCGGUAUUAGGAUGUGUCGUUUAGCUAAAAUGAUGGAAGAUAAAACAAAAGAAGAAACAGCUACAUCAGAAUCCGAGCCCAUAAUAUCAGAGAAGGUAAAAAACUCUGUCGAUAGAAGUCGUGACCAGUCUAAUUCCGAAAAAGUGAGAAAGAAGCCUGGCCCAAAACCUAAACCUAAAAUGUCUAUUGAAGCCGCAGACCCAGAAAAACCAAAAUACAAACCAGGGCCUAAAUCCAAGACGAAAAAUACGAAGGAUGUGGAUCCCUACGCAUUCGAAAUUGAGUCCUGUGGGGACACAACUACAGAGAGAAUGAGCGAUGAGGAUUCUGAUAAUAGCUCUGAUUCCGAUGAAGGUUCACUUGCUUCGCUAGCAUCUUCUAAAAGUUGUGGAAGUACUGAAAUAUUGUCUGACAUGAAGAAAAAGGUAAAGCGUAAGCGGCCUGCUUGGCAAGACGGAGUUAUUAAACCUAAAUAUAAAAAGAAGAAAAUUGACACUAAACAGGUUUUAGAGCCACCUCAAGUUAAGUCAGUGACAGAAAAGGAAAUGAAACCUAUAGAUAUGGAUUGUUUUACUGACAAAAAUUACUGUUUCCGUGAAAAAGAGCUUGUCUAUCCUUGCCGUCUGUGUUCUUUUACUGGUACAGACAUUGUGUAUCACUAUAAAAAUGAGCAUCCCCAUGUUGAAAUCCCGUUGUCUCGCAUGGCUCCUGCGGUAGCUAAAGAAGCCAUUGAUCAAUGUAAAGAAAUAAACUUCCAAGCUAUUAGCAAAAUAUCUUCAGAUAAAUACGUUUGCAUUUUUUGUUUCCAAGAGUUUGCGAACAAUAAAACUGUUCUAGAAACAUUCUUCUGGCAUGUUGUUAGCAUGCACACUGGUGAAUAUAAGCACAACUGUACCAAGUGCACAGAUGAGAAACGAUGUCAAUUUUCUUUGGAUAUUCCGCCACCUCCUAAAGAUACAGGGGGUCAACUCAUAGGAUAUAUCUGCAAAAAAUGUAAUUUUACUCAACUUUCUAUUGAAAAUCUAAAAACACAUGUUAUCGUUCGACAUAACGAUGAACAGACAUUUGUUUAUACUAUUAACUUAUCAGCGAUGUCUAAAAUGGCAUUGAAAGAAUUGUUACGAAAGCGCGAUGCUCCCGAACCAGCAGUGAUAAAGAAUGUCGCACUGAAGAAAGAGAUUAAAUCGGAUGAGGGCACCUCCCACGAUACAAAACACAGUUCUUCUGUUUGUGAAACUGAGCUGGUGCAACGUAGGCGUUCCAAACCACAGAGCCCACCACCGAGUAUCAAGUCUAAGAUAACAUUUGAAGCAGAUGACAAUGGUAGCGAAGCACCCAGUAUAGCAAAAAUAAAAAUAGAACAGGAGGAUACGGAUGAAAAAUCGGAGAAUGUAGAUGAAGCAAUGCAACAUGUACAAGGGUCCAAAGGACCGAAUGAAACAGAGCGACCGCCUAGCGUAACAGACCGUCCUGUUGAACCUCCGAAAGAUGCACAAACUCCUCAACCUCAAAGCAAUGUAGAUGACUCUGCCAGCCAAUCCUCUGACGAUAUAGUUGACUAUCCUCAUUUCAAAAUCAACUUUACAGAAUCCGGUGCUAAGGAAUAUAUUUGCUGUAUUAAUGGCAAAGAUAAUCACUUUAAGACAACUCUUUUGAUCUCAAUGAAGAAACACGUUCAAUUAAAGCACUCUGAGAAAUGGGAGGGAUAUUGUUUCGUGUGCAAAGUUAUCGUUACACCACAGGGGGCGCACAACUUUAGAGAUUGCUUGCAACAUUAUCUUGAUAAACAUUUAGACGACUUUCCUGUUUACCAAAAGGAAGUUGUACCUGAGACUACGCCUGAAGGAAGACCUCCUCAAGAAGUUACAUCGGAUAAUGCUACUCCUACUAAGCCAUAUAUUAACGUUCGACCUAUUCGCGAAUUGAUAUCUACAGCAGAAUCUCCCGCAAAGGAAACCUCAGGUUUCCCGGUGAUUCAGAGUGUAGUAAGUUUGGGCACGGUGGACACUCCAUUGCCGCAACCUAGUUAUCCGACUGUGAACACAGAGACUAAGCAAUGCGAAGUCAUCUUUAAGUACGAAGAAGUGCAGGCUAGAGUUAUGUCGAGUAAACACCGCGUCGUUCUGGAAAGUAUGAUGGUACGGAAUAAACUAGUGAAGGUGUUUAAAUGUGCGGGGAGAUUCUGUUCGUUCACGUCGGACUCCCCUGAGGACUCACUUCUGCAUGCCUCCACUCACCAGCGUAUGGGAGGAGUGGAUACUCUGAACUGUUCGUAUUGCGACUUCGAUUCAAUGGGGAACGCCAUCGACCUGGUGAUGCACGUUUUCAAGGAGCAUGGUCACUGCCAGUACUCAUGCGGGCAGUGCUUCUACCGUGCCGCGGCCAGUCAGUCAGUGGGCGUGCACGCUAGUAAGGUGCACGGGCUGGCCCCCGCGGGGGCUGUAGUACUGCGGACGACCACCGUACCUGCCAACCCUCCUGCCGAAGCCAACAUGCUCAGUCGGGAAGAGGCUGUGCCCUAUUACUUUUGCAAACACGUGGAUGGUAACGGCAGUCACUGCAAAUUCCGCACCUACACCCCGGAUAAGUUCUGUGAACAUCUUCAACAGAAACAUGCAAGUGCAUCAUCACAUUCUUGCUAUAUAUGCCAAUUACAAGCCCCGUCUCCGUCGGAGCUGGUGCAGCAUAUGAAGGGUCACGGCUUGAAGCUGUACCAGUGCACCUGGUGUGUUCUCGGAGCUGACAAUGAGACGGAGCUCCUAUCCCAUGUCUCCACGACACACCCAUCCAAACAACCCCAGGCUUAUCUACGUAUCAUCACCAACAAAGAGGGUUCCAAUGAGCUAAGGGUGCUCCCGCUUGCCUUCUUGAACAAAAUGAAAGUGCCCAUAGAAGAUGUAGCACCAAGCACUGCAAAAGAGGAUCCAGUGCGGGAAGCAGAGCGUUCUUUGAAUCUAGAGAAAUUAAUUGGUUUGAAUGUACUAGUGGAAGCGCAGUCGGAACCAGCCGAGCCUACUGACACCCAAGUCUCAAGCCCCCCAGAUACCAAACCGCCUAAAGAAAUACUUCAACCUGCAAAACCAGUCAAUCCUACUGCAAUUUUCCCUCCAACUGUCCCACAAGCGCCCCUUCACCCACCCAGUGCUACAAUUUCUCAAGUUAAUGUUCCACCACCAACACUCUCCCCAGUUGCUCCUGCUCCUAUUCUCGCCUCAGGUGACACACAAACCAGUAAUCCUACAACUAUUGUUAAAAUGGAAGCUGAAGAGAUAUCUACACCCCAGAUUAACGACGUUGUCGUCCUAGACAGCGAUGAUGAUGAGUCUAGGCAGUCCGUCAUUGACCUGUCCGACGAGGACUCCCUCUCCAACACGGAUUCCCCCGCUCCGCAAAGUUAUAGCAAGCAGAAGGUGCCGCUCGAGAUACAAAGCAUCUGUCCCAAAUGUCUACAUUGUUGCAAGAACAUUAACGGACUGAAAAAGCAUUUGUACUAUUGCUAUCCCAACAAGGAUGAGGCGUGUCGCUGUGCGCACUGUCCGUACAUGGCGUCCACCCGGGACAACAUGAUGAAGCACUACCUGAACGACCACUGCGACCAAAACAAAUACCAGUGCGGCAUCUGUCGGGCCAACCUCAUCUCUCUCUCUGUCGCUAAGAAACAUGUCAGAUGUGUACACAAGGAAAAAGACGUGACUGUGACAUCGGUCAGAGAAAACGGAAACUCUCUUUACACUGUUACCGGAGCUAAAAAUAAAGAAGCACCGAAGAGGAAAUCCAGCGUCAACGAAACUCCCAGCAAGCGACGCUUCAAGCCGCAAGAGAUCGACGAGCUGCCAAUAAAUCCCAUCCUGGAGCACCUCGUGUACUGCGACCUGUGCGAGUUCAGCACCAAGGUACGCCUCAACAUGGUCCGGCACCUGCAGCUGCACGCCGCCCAGCAGCCCGUCGCGCAGGUCGCGCCCGUCAACCCCGUGCCGCAUCUCGAGACCAACGAGAAGCACUUCGACAAGAUGGUGAACCUGGCGUCGUCCUCGCUGGGCGCGCGCGCCGCGCCGUCCGAGCGACCCUUCGGCGUGGCGGCGCUGGCGGCGAGCGGGCCGGGCCCGGCGGGGCUGGCGGCGGCGCAGUUCCCGUGCUACGUGGCGGCGCGCACGCGGCACUCGUGCGGCGCGCCGGGCUGCAGCUACACGGCGCCGGACGAGGCCACGCUGCGCCGCCACUGGGCCGCGCUGCACGCCGGCGCCGCGCCCGCCUUCCGCUGCGUGCACUGCCCCGCCAGCCAGGCCCUCGACACCUCGCGCCCCGUCACCGCCGCGCGCGUCAUGCAGCAUCUCAAGAUGCACGACGAGAACCUCUACGCCUGCUCCAAGUGCCACAUCUACCACUUCAAGCGCGAGGUCAUGGAGAAGCACAUGACCGAGGUGCACCCCUACAACCAGCUCAUCAUAGUGCGCGAGAACGCGAGCGCGGUGCCGCCGGCCGGGCCCGCGCCCCCGCCCGCCGCCGCCGCCGUCGGCACCAUGGACCUGAAGCCGUGGCAGUGUGGCUUCUGUCAGUUCAAGAGCAUGUUACGGCCGGAGGUGGUGGACCACUGCGCCAAGUUCCAUCAGUCCAAAAUGCAAUUCCGAUGUGCGUACUGUCCGUACCGAGCGUCGGUGUUGGAGAACGUGCACAACCACUUGUCCCACUCGCACGCGAGCGAGCCGGUGGACGUCAUCUACUACUACUACAGAGUCGGCUCCGUGCCCGACGAGGACGGCACCCCGCGGUGGGUGAAGCAGUGCCAGAAGAUGGCGGCUAGCAAUCCUGAAGUCAAGACCGAGGAGCAAGAGGUUCCAGAACCGUCACCCAUGUCUGCGACCUCUGCGAUAACAGUGACCCCUCCGACCUCCGCUACCCCAACCCCUCCAGUCGCCCCUGUAUCCGUAGACUUAAACCUCGUUAAAAAGGAAGUGGAAGAAGAUGAAAUAUUGGGAACUAUGGAAGAACUAUGUGAAAAGUUCGGGAAGUUGUGUGAGCCGAACGGAAUCAACUACAGGUGUCCGCUGUGCAAGGUUAUGGUGGAGGAGACCAGGGAAGCUAUGCAGUCACAUCUGUACGAGGAGCUGCAGUACAGGAGAUGGGGAUGCGGGCUCUGCAAUUACAAAGCGUUCCACAAAACCGGGCUUGUCGAGCACAUGACGGCAGAACACCGCAGGCAGUAUGAUCAUAUCGAGCUACCUAAGGACAUUAAUAAGGAGAAAUGGGUGGCUGCACAGCUGGACCAUCAGACGGCCAUCAUACAAGCUCUUAAAGCCAACUUGGCUAAACAGAAGAUUCAAACAGAAAGAAUGAAUAAACCAGGACCCUCUACUGCGGCCCCACCACAAAUAGAACCGGUUGAGAAAUAUACCACGGCGCAACUAGUUGAGGCCUUCGGCGAGCUCGGAGCUCCUAAGGCUAUGAUGUUCUGUUGCCCUAAAUGUAACGCUUCACACAGAGAUGAAGUUGCCUUCCGAGACCAUUUGGAGACUGAACUCAAUAAGAUUCGAUGGGGCUGCACCUCUUGUUCUGUGAAAUAUCAGACAUACCACGAGGCCCAGUUUCAUUGCAAGGGACACGACGGGCCAUCCAGGCCCAAGGAGGCAAUACGAGAUCCUUCAAUGCGAGCUGCAUGGGUCGCUAACAUUAUACAAACACAGAAAAAGAUGCUGCAGACUGUCUCACUCCCAGUUACUACAGUUGUCACAGGACCUCCCACUCCCGAUAAGAUCGUGCCAGAGAGCGACAAUUCUCUCCUCGUAGUCCGCUACGAAGAGAAAGUAAGCACACCCGAGCAAGUCGCGGUCCGGCGCAAGAGGCCGGCGCCAGAGAGUGACGACGAACGACUCGUCAUUGACGAAGGAGACAAGCGAGGGGGCAGCAGGCGAUGCAGACUGUGCCCGUACUCCACCAGGUCCUCCAAGUGUUGGAAGGACCACAUGCUCAAACAUUACAACCUCAAGGCCUACGCCUGCUGCUACUGCGACUACAGCUGCACGUCCAAGCAGGGCGUCGUACUGCACACUACGAAAAUACACCCUAACCAACCUCUGCAGAUAAAGAAAACUCCCAUACCGCCAGAAGCUCCAUAUAUUGUGCCCGCGACAACGAAUAGAAUGUCUGAAGAUGACCACGCACCCAUCAUAUGUUUGUUCUGUGAGCGAACCAUACCUGAUGCAGAAAUAGUCACACAUUUACACGAUAACGUCAAGCCAGACUUUGCCAAAAAGGGUGAUGUGGUGUUUAAGUGUUGCAUAUGCCUAGUGCUGCGAGUGGACGUGAAGUCCUUGCAGGACCAUCACCAGCAAGCUCAUCCCAACGUACCCAUAAACUACGCGCUGUUUAAACUGCAGCACGAUACCAGAGAGACACAUUACUGUGGACAUUGUGAGAAUAUAGGCUUUAAAUACAUAAGAGACUUAAAGAGCCAUCACAACGCGGCCCAUCCGACGCUUCAGUUGAAAUACUCCACAGUGCCGUACGUGCACAACUCUGAGGAAAUGAAGAAAAUAGAGGAAGAACUCAUUGCACCGCUUAUUAAUAAAAACAAAACUGAAACUGGAGUGCAAUUUGUGAAAAUUUUGCCUAAACCUAUGACCCCUUUAACGUUGGACCCUCUGGCAGAUACUACGUCGAAUCCAAUAAAAAAUUUGCAGAAAACAAGUGCUAGAAAGUCUACACCUGGAGAGAAUUUUGUGAAAAUUUUGCCUAAAUCAAUGCCAGAACCUAUGGCCAUAAACAUUUUUCCACAACCAUUGACCCCUUUACCGUUGGACCCUCUGCUGACACCAAUCGAAACAGCACCGACAACAGCUGAUAUAACGUCGAAAUCAGUAAAAAACUUGCCGAAAACAAGUGCUAGAAAGUCUACCAGUAAGCCAUACAGCAGGCGUGUGGCGAUGAAGUCUACCACGAAACUGCCUGGUAGUGUCGAAGAGGUUUCCCAUUAUUUGAAGGAUACGAAAACAGUGUUCGAUUAUGAUUAUUGCACUACUUCAAUAAGUUUAUGUAACAGGACAAUGACGCUUACAGCGAAAAAGCUUUCAGAUAUAAUGAGACUUUAUCCACAGGUUCCUUUAGUUGACGUUGUCAAACAUGGAAUUUAUAAACGACCUCCGGAAAGUGACGAUUAAGUGUUUAGCGCCAAAAGUGCUGGACGAUCAACUUAUAGUUAGAUUUGUAUGGUAGGCUAUAUAGUAGGGAGUCGUGACUCCAUUUAUGUGUUAGUUGCUAACUUCGCUAAGCGAUAGCAUUAAGCCCGUACUUUAUACUCAAGACUGAUAUACAUUUUAAUUAGUGUAAGUCAUUAGAUAUGCGCGUAAAAUUAAACUCUAAAAUUAUGCAAAUAACUGCGAACAUUGCUAAUCACUUGCACUAAACAAGGUGUGUAUGGCCAUGUACUGUUUGCUUGAGGGUAAAAUGUAAAAGCCAAAUAAUAAUUGCCAAUAUUGUCAUAUGUUGUCUGUCUUCAAAGCUUUCUAUGUCAGUUUAAUGUCGUAAUAAAUAGGAUUAUCCUUGCUAGUCUGACACUUGUAAAUAUCUUUCGUAAACAGGUAAACUUAGAGGUCAAUGUAAACUUUUUAUACUUGUAGUAAAAAACCUCAAGAAGGACACCAUUUAUCUAAGGUCUCUAUUACUAUCCUUUGCCCUAUAGCAAUUUAGCAAUCGCACAUAAUCUUUAAAUAUAAUAAUAUGUAUAGACAGUCAGUGUUUGAUAUGCAGAUAACCAAAUAGUAACCAUCUCCAUAGGUACUGAUCAAUCUUAAUUUUCUUAGCUGCAUACCAAAUUAUGGCUAUAAAUUAAAAUUGGCAAAUAAUAGCCACAACUAAUUUCGUAAUAAUUAAUGAAUAUGGAAAUCUGUGAUUUACGAUACAUUCUUUUAAGAUUUACUUUAGGUGUAGUGUUAGGUAGGUUGUAUAGUUUAUAAUUUUGAGCAUUUAUAUAUGUAAUACGUUGGGCUGUUUAGUUCCUUUCCGUCGUUCAUGAUAAGCCGUGAAUUUGAAUGUUUGUAUUAUAAGCCCAUCCAAGAAAACUGUAGAAGCAAAGUUAAUAAAAGUAAAAACGUAUGUCAACAUAAGUAUACUGUAAUAUUUUUAGAUGUUUUUAAAUUUGUAGUUUGUGUAACAUAUAGGAAUUAUUGGUAGACCCGUAGACUUGUUUUUCAAAUUCGCGGCCUGUAUCGAUAUUAAAUUAAUCUUUCUCGACGUUCUCAUUCGGAAGAUUGUUUUUGAAGUGUAGAAAUUAUUUGUAAUUGUGUCGCAAAGAAGCAAAAAUAUACCUACAAGUUUUGAAAAUAAUUAUUGUCUAAGGGUUGAUUUUUCAAUAGUCAGAUAAAUGUUAUCUGAGAAAUAAAAUUGUUGCUGUCACUGUCAUAUACCCGGUUUCUGAAAGGCUUGUCAACGCUAAAAUUAACUAAUCUCGUGUUUAAUCUCUUGUCAAGUCAUCUGAUUGGUUGUUGAUAAUUCAGUCAACCAAUCAGAUGACAAGAGAUUAAAUUGAUUUUAACAUUGAUCGGCCUUUCGGAAACCGGGUGUUAAACAAACAUUCUGACGCGACAGCAUCAUAAUUAUUCCUCAGAUUACAUUUAACUAACGAUUGAAAUACCAGCCCUAAAUAAAAGUAAACAACUGAUCAGUUGACAUUAUAAUCAAUAUUCAAUUUAAUGAUUAGUUCUUGUUCUAAAUAUGUAGGUAUUGCAAUAACUUCUGCGUUUUGUUUUCUUAGUUUUUUUUUUUAUUAUUGAAUCAAUAUUGGUUGUUGUACAACGUCGGUACGAAUGUGAUUUUUUUGUUAAUUUCUAAGCGAAUAGUUUAUUUGCCAAAUAUUCUCAUUCAAAGAAAUAAAACGAUUUUCUCAUAAA